UUUAGUAUUUACUUAUGAUUCUGUAUUUCCAUUCCUCCAUCACUUUUGGUUGAAGAAAAACUGAAAAAUAGAGAAAAAGAAAGAUGUUGAAUAACGUAAGACAAUCGCUUCGCUCAAUUCGGCUGAGAGGUGCAGCAACACAAUUCAUCGGUUUAGGUAUAAUAGUAUCAAUGGCGUUGAUAAUGUGGCAGUUGCUAGUUUUGGUAACCGGAAGUAAAUAUCCUGUUGUUGUUGUUGUUAGCGGAAGCAUGGAGCCAGGAAUUCAAAGGGGUGAUGUAUUGUUCCUUAUUACCGUGAGGAAUCGUCCGAUACGAUCGGGAGAUAUUGUUGUAUUCAAAAUUGAGGGAAAGGAUAUUCCUAUCGUUCAUCGUGUUAUAAAGGUGCAUAGGCAACAUGAUUCAAAUACAUUCAGCUUGUUGACAAAAGGUGAUGCUAAUCUGUGGGACGACAGUGAUGGGAUAUAUGCAGAUGGUCAACUAUGGCUUGAAGAUCACCAUAUAAUCGGAAGAGUGAUUGGGUAUUUACCAUAUUUUGGUUGGGCAACCAUCAUCAUGGGAGAGAAGCCUUUGAUCAAGUAUCUUCUACUUGGUGGACUAAGCUUGCUGGCCGUUGCCUCGCAUUAGGGUUCUGUUAUCAAGUCGUUGGAAGGACCAACCAGGCCAGUGAUGACUGACUAAGCGAUCGAUGAUGAGCUAGAACAUUUAUGUAUGGUCCUUUGUAUAUGUAUGGUUUUUAUUUCCUCCUCCUUUUCAAGUGUAGAAAUCUAAUACAAUACCUACAAUAAUUUUUUUGGCAACAUUGUAAUUGUGAUGAUUAGUGUUCUGAGAUCAAAUGUAUAAUUUUUUCCGUUUCAAAAUGAACUUUUCACUAUCCGUUUUAA